AUGUCGGUGUUACCACCGCAAUCCGCUUACCUCUUGCCGGCUCCCUAUCGUCGUUUGAUGGAGUCUGACGAUUCGCCAAUCGCCGACUUUUAUCCAAAGGAAUUCGAAGUGGAUACUAGUGAUCCUCACUAUUUCGACGGUAUUGCCAUCAUUGGUUUCCCAGACUUGGCGCGUCUUGUCGAAGCCACCAAAGACGAAGACAGCUACGACUUGACACCGAGAGAGCGAAUGAGAAACACUCUCAGACACGCAGUGAUCAUCUAUCACGAUGCGCAAAUCGAGCAAUCCGUUGAGACACCAAAUGCCAAGCUGUUUGACGACCUCGAAAAGUCGAAUGCCACCAUCGAGGAGUUGAUCUUACCCGAGCCAAACGAGAACAGUCUGAAACCUUUUAGACUGUGUGACGGUGUGCUCGUUGGAAAUCACUCACCAAGCGGUUUCCCAACGUUCCAAUCGAUCGACUUUGACUGGGAGUACAUGAACGGUGUGGCAAACCUCUGGGGUAACACCAGCAGAAAGGAUUCGAUGAUUGUCAAUCCGCCACUGCCAGAGUUGUGCACUCUCCGUGAUUUGAAACCACUGAUUGGCAAGCGUUGCUAUGUCAACUGGCCAUAUCACAUUGAAGCGAAAAUCGUUGGAUUCUCUGACUCUAACCAGCAUAUCACUCGUGACAGUACCAUCGAUUAUGUUGCCUUCCAGAAGAUCCAGUAUCUCGACCAACUGAAAAAGUUGCCAUUCGAUUACUUGCGUCGUGGUAUCAAUAUUAAGGAUCUCCUCGAGAACACAGUGUUGGUUCACGUUCAAAAGAUUGUAGGUGUCGAUACGGAAGUAGGUGGAAGACGUGUCAAGCGUUAUAGCGACAAGGAGGAUACCUUCCCCCUCCAACUGAUGGUAGAGUACGACCGUGUCAAAGCUGAUUCGCGUUACGAGGAAUGCGAGGAGUUGCCAUUCGAGAAGCGUUUCCCCAUUGGAAAGCAAGUCAUCUAUGUCAAUAGUGACCACUAUGGUUCGGUCGGAACCGUGCUCCAUCACUUUGACAAUACUCUAGAGUUGGAGCUAAAGGUGCAAAAGAUGGAUACCAAAUUUGGACACCAGUGUGCGCGUGAAGAAGAUGAAUACUACCCGAUCCAACAGGUCUGCAAGAUGACCAACCUCUCGACACAACAGAUCUCACUGUUGACCGGUGCCUUGUUUAUCGACAAGCCAAUGACUGACAUUGGUCUCAACAUGAAAUUCACUGGUAGACAACAACAACUGCUUGGUUAUUGUCGUGGAAUCACCAUGUCUGACAAGACUGGAAACUCCUUUAAGAAAUGGGAGUUUAGUUCGCUCGCUGUCGAAGUCAUCAAGAAGUAUCUCGCUGCAUUCCCAGUGUUGAAUUCGAUCUUGACAAUGUAUGCCGACGACAAAACCGGAAAGAAAGCAAUCGACAUCUCUUCGCUGAUCCCCGAGAAGAGUGAUCGUGUCGCUCUCAUCAAAAAGAUCGACGAGUUUAUGAAGGAAUCAAAGAUCAGACAUCAGCGAUUGGUUCCAUGUGAUACCAUCACAAUGAAGCGUGAAGCCAUCAAAAAGGUGGAGGAUUUCUACUUGAAACAAUCGAAACACGAAAAGGUUUCGGUGAUCACUCGUACUUCGCCAGAACACGUAAUCGAACCGGCAUCCUAUGAAUCUGUGAUCUCCUAUGAACGUCAUCAAUCACAGACUCAUCUCCAACAGAGAAACAAUAACAGUCCAUCGCUCGCCAGCAGUAACAUCAGCAACGGCGGUUUCUUGGAAUCCAACAAAUCAAAGAUCUUCAAUCUAGGUGACAGAGUUGUCACUCUAUUGGAAAAGGGUAACAUACCAUUCGGUUUGUACGGUACAGUUGUAUCGGUACAAGAACACAAGGUCGAUGUUGUAUUGGAUCAAGAGUGUUUCAGUGCCAACAGUCUUGACGGAUUCUGUUUGGAGAAACGUGGUAUCUGUAUUUCAAAGUGGAGAGUUUACAAUCUUUCACAACCAACCGCAGUAACCAACUAUAGAUAUAGAUCAAACAAACCAAACUAUUCAAUUGAUUCUUAUGAACAUUGGAAGAAAUAUGAUCAUCAAAAUAAUAAUAAAUCAAAUAAUAAUAAUAAUAAUAAUAAUAAUAACAAUAAUAAUAAUCAUAAUAAUAAUAAUAAUAAUAGUGCUUCAAUUCAACAAAAGAUAAAAGAGGAAAUGCCACCCAACUUGAAUUGGCAACAACAACAAGAGUACUAUAAACAAUUGCAUAGAAAGAAUUAUUAUAAUCGUCAAGAACAAUAUACAAAGAACUUUACUCCAGAAGAACUUGUUCAUUAUGCAAAGAAAUAUCCACAUGUCCAUCAAUCUAUGUUAUGGCAACACCAUCAACAACAAUUACAAAUUCAACAAUCUAAACAACUAAAGAAUAAUAAUAAUAAUGUUGAUAAGAAACCACCUGGAUUAGUACAACAACAAGGACAAGGACAACAAGCUAAACCACCAAAGCAAAAGAAGGAUAAGAAAGAAAAGAAGGAAAAGAAGAAUAAUACCUCUGGAGCUGAACCUGCCAAACAAUCCGAUUCAACCAGUCAGAUCCUACAAAAGAUGUUUGAAUCGCAAGCACUUCCAGAUCCACCUGCUUCACCUCCUAUCACAAGCUUCUUUAUGAAAGCAGCUGCUCAGUCUCAAGAGGGUGCUCCAAAAGCAGCUGAAGUCGGUCCAGCAGAAACAGCUCCACAACAACCUGACCAACAACAACAACAGCCACCACAAGGUCCACCAUCGCAAUUGCUACAGAUGAUUCAAUCAUCGUUGCAAAGUGUUCCACAGUCUGGUCAACCACCAGCCAUGCCCAUGCAAUACCCACCACCUCCACAUAUGGGUAUGCCACCAUUCCCUCACCCACCACCUCCUCACAUGGGUAUGCCACCAUUCCCUCACCCACCACACAUGGGUAUGCCAAUGUUCCCUCCACCCCCAUUCGGUGUACAUCCACCACCACCCAUGCCAAUGGUUAAUCAACGUCCUAACCAACAUCAUCAUCAACAACAACAUCAACAACAAUUCCCACAAUUGUCAGAAUCAAACAAACAACAAAAACCAAAAAACAAUAACAAACAAAACAAAGUAAAGCAACCACAACAACAGGUAUCAAAAGCUCAACCAAAUACCAAUACAAAUAUUCAUACAUUGAAUGACUUGAAACAAAACAACAAACCAAAGAAGGAUAAAGCCAAUAAGUCUCAAUGGGUUCAAAAGAACAAGCCAACAGCAGGAUCCUCAUCUGCAGUACCAGAGAAUAAUGACAACAAGCCCAACAACAACAACAACAAUGAUGAAAACAAUACAAAUAAUGGUGAUAAAGAUCAAUUAAAUUGGCAACAGAAAUUAGAAAAAUAA